CACUUCCGCACUCCGCCGCCUGCAGACUGCUAGCUGCUGCGGCGUUAAAACACGUUAUGAGUGAAAACGCGCCGAUUAUCGGGGCACAGACGCUGAUUUAAACCUUCCGAGCGCUCGAAGAGAAACUUUAUUCAAUCCGCGCAUCGAAACGUCGCGUUUUUAUCAGCGAACAAAGCAACCAGGAAGCGACGUUAGCGUGAGGAAGCUGAGCAAGUUCAACCGGCGGCUGCGUUUUAACCUGCUCGACUGAAGCACUAAUCCGCAGCCAGGAAGUCAUGAAGGCUUGCAGUCGACCCGGUCGAGGCUCUGUCCUGCUCUGGACUCUCUGGGUCCAGCUGGUUCUGAGUGGAAGUGGAGUUUCCGCCGGCGACGCCACCAAGAACUGCAAACUCAUCACCGAUUCCAAGUCCGAGCGGAAAGCGCUGGAACGACUGGAGCCGCUGGUGAAGAUUAACUUCACAGUGGAGUCCAAGAUCGCCAAUGAGAGCUACACGUAUGUGUUCCAGCUGUGUGGAGACGCAGGAGGCGUCCCGGGAGCUGGAGUCAUCCAGGAGGACAAGAAGACACAGAAGAAGACCAUCAUCGGCCGGUACAACACAACGCAGGCCAUCGGAGGAAGCGACUGGGUGAUGCUGAUCUACGGACACGGCGACCACUACUCGGUCCACUGCUCCAAGGAGACGAGGCAGGCCAUCGUCAUGAUCUCAUGCGACAGGAAGAUCGACAUGGGGCCGCUGGAGGUGGUUCUGGAAGACCGGGACCGGCUGCACGAGUGCUUCUACCUGUUCGAGCUGGACGCCAGCGCCGUGUGUCCGGCUAUCGAGUCCAAACUCAGCACCGGUUCCAUCAUACUCAUCAUUGCCGUCUGCGUCCUGGCCGUCUACCUGAUCGGAGGCUUCCUGUACCAGCGGCUCAUCGUCGGCGCUAAAGGCAUGGAGCAGUUCCCCAACUAUGCCUUCUGGGUGGAGGUCGGCAACAUGACGGCGGACGGCUGCGACUUCGUCUGCCGCUCAAAAAGCCGAGACGAUGCCCCGGCGUACCGAGGCGUGACGGCGGAACCACUGGAGGAGGAGCCCGAGGAGAGGGACGACCACCUGCUGCCGAUGUGACCGGAAAGCUCCCGCGUGAUGCAGUUUCCCCUCAGAAGGAGCCGCCGGCCGACACAAGUCCUCCCUCUGUUGACUCUGGUCGUGUUUCCACUUGUGCCUCGGCAGCUGCAGUCUGUUACUCAGACCUGCCUCCUCGUCCUCCCCUCCAUCCGCCCCGACGGUGAUUCACCCACAGAGACUCUUCCAUGGAAGUCUGGCAGCAGAGGAGGACGGUCGGGGAGGCCGGAUCUCGAUGUAAACUCUGACAUGUUUGUUGUUGUUUUUUUUCCCGCUCGGCUCGUGAUUGUCGGUCCUGAAGUCCACAACACUCACACAAAGUGCUUCUGCUCGUUUGAUUUGGCUUUAAUCUUGCUUUGCUUUCCACCAGAAGGUCGAGUUUUAAGCGCAGCGACUAGAAACCAAAGUUUUCCUUCCUUUCGUUACUGAAGUUACUGAAAUCUGAGCUUCGCAAACAACUGCUGAACCCACACAGCGAACAGAUGAAACUCCACAUGACGCGUCUUUAAACCAACGCUUUGCAGCGAGUGCAACUGCUGAAUAAUUUAAAAACAAUAAAACAUCACAAUUCUGCGUCUGCGGCUUGUCAUUCGGCUAAAGUUCCAAAUUGCAUUUCUUGAGAAUAAUUUUUUUCUUUAUAAAAAUAAAACAAAGCUGCAGCGAGUGAAA